AUGAAAAAGAAAAGAUAAAUACAUUAAGAUGAUUUAUAAAAUAAUAAGAAAUAACCCAAUGCUUAUGAAGAUUUAGAAAACACUCAAAGUAAUGUGACUGAACUCAUUAAAAGAAUGAAAUUUAGAGAGAUAGAAGAAUUUGAAAUACAAUAAUUUAUUGCAUCUCAAAAUGAAUAAAAGUUUCUGAUGAUUACUGGUUAACCUGGAUGUGGAAAAACUAUGUUAUUAACUAAAUGUUUAAAAUAAUGGUAGAAUAAUUAUACUACUAUCUAUAUAAAUGCAAUGCAAUGUAAAAAUUAUACAGAAUUUUUAAACAUUUGUAAAAAGUAAUUGAAUGUAAAGAGUACUUCUGGUAAAUAAUAAGCACGUAAAAUAAUUAUGGAUACACUUAAAGAAUAAAAUACGUAUUAUUAUAUUUAAUAAAUAAUAGUAUAAUUACUAUUGAUGAAUUUGACAAUUUAUUCAAAGUAAGUGAAAAAGAAGCCUUUGAUUUAUUCUCUUUAUCAAAACAUGCAAUCAUUAUUGGAAUUAGUAAUGAUAUAGAGUUUCUAUAAACUUAAUCAGUGAGAUAUAAAUUUUAGCUCCCUUAAUUUAAAAAUUUAAUUUUGAAACCUUAUACAAUCUAAUAGUUAUAAGAAUUAGUUUUAGAUAUAUUAAAAUAAAUUGAAAUCUAGUAAUAAUUAAUUUAUAUAUAGAAAAUAUGAUGAAAAUGCUAUUAAAAUACUUACAACAAGAGCUUAUAAUGAUAAGGGUGGUGAUAUGAGAAAUAUAAUAGAUAUAGUUAAAAGGACUUUAAGAGACAAAGAUGAAAUAACUACAGAUGCUGUCAAUAAAGAAAUUGGUAUGACUGUUUUUGAUAACAAAAUGAAGAGUGUUGUAACAACAUUGUCAUUACAUCAAUAAUUAAUAUUAUUAGGGAUUACAGCAUUACUAAAAAAGGAUACUAGUUAAAUUGAAAUAGAUUUAUCUGAUCUUACAAGAAAGGUUAAUGAAAUUAAAUAUAAAUUAUGUUUACCUUUAAGUGUGGAUGUAGAAGAGGAAAUUAAUUUAUUAAAAGAUUAUAACCUACUUACUACAAAAGAAGUGAAACAAUAAAAAAUGGGAUUUAAAAUCACAGUAAAAAAGAUUCAAUGUAAAUUUACAGCAGAGGAAUUGAAAUAUUAAUUAUCUGAUCUGGAUGCAUUUAAAAACAUUUUACAAUAAUUAUGA